AUGGAGAAACAGAUGGCGAUGGAAGAAAUACACAUGGAAUGGGAAUGGAGAGGACCUGAACAGUGGGAUAAAAAGGGUGGUGCCCGUCAAGGUGGAAUCUUUGUCUGGCAAACCCCCCGUGUUUGUUGUUUCAUGUUGCCAUCCCCCUGUUUCUUCGUCAAGAGGUUACGUAUCGUCGUUGUCGGAUGGUCCCCAAUGGCGACGGAUGCGUGUGGUUGGACCGCUGGGAGUGGUCAACAAACCGUCAACAUUGAUGCCCGCGUGGCUCAAGCUGGCGGUGAUCCCGUUUCAUCGAUGCUGUGCAUAUUGUUACUCCACCAGAUUCUGGCCAAUAUCAAGCUGUAA